AAAUAAGCAAUGUACAUCAAAACUAUCUUACAAAACAUGUGGCCAACAUAUAUCGCUUCAAUAUAUAAUUCGCUCCGAGAUCAUACGAAUAUACGAUACGCUAGUAAUCUAGGAUAAUGAUGUACCAUCCGUUACAAAAUCAUGAUCAUCCUGCCAAGCCGCUUGUUCGCAGGCGGCUGACGAAGUUGCUGAUAAGCGUAACGGUUCAGGGAAGAGUUGGGUCGGUUCAGAUGAUUAUGUCGUCGGAGAAUACCGUAGGACAAUUGAUAAAGGCGGUGUUAGAGGUGUAUCAGAAGGAGAGGAGAAGGCCUUUGUUGAGUCAGAAUAAUAAUCAUCCUAGUUGCUUUGAGCUUCAUUACUCCCCUUUCAGCCUUCAAAGCUUGAAACAAGAGGAGGAACUGAAAAAUUUGGGCUCAAGGAAAUUCUUUUUGUGUCAGAAGCCUGUUAAAGAAUGCUAUGCAGGAACAACAUGCAUCAGCCAAUCAGAAAAGAUGGACUUAUUUCCAUUUCUAUGGGCCAAGUUCAUGGAGCUCUUGCUUUAAAUAUUGAUAACGAAAUCUCUGUACUGCAACCAAUUGCCAUAGCAAGCUUUUUAAAUAUUAUUAGACGAUACAUUGAUAAUUGGAAAAAUUGUCCGGAAUAAUCCCACCUUUGGACCGUCUGCUAAAAAUAAUCUCAUCUUUGGAUUAUUUUUAAAUAAUCCGACCUUUAUACUCAAUCCUCUCAAAUCAGUCCCAACCGGUCAUUUAACUUGUUAUACCAAGUUACGUGACACGUGGCGGCUUGUGAUUGGUCAAAUAAAAAAAUUAAAAGUAAAAAAAACAUUUAAAAAAUAAAAAAUAAAACAAGUCCUAGCCCGCAGCCCCUGCCGCCGCCGCUGGGAGGCCGCUGCGCCGGCAACCAGUCGUCUUCCGCCAUCCCAUUUCCGGCGAUUCGGCCUCCUCCCCUUCCUCACCACGUUUCCCGGCAUCCUCCCCUUCCCAUGUCCCUUUUCCGGCGCCCUCCCCUUCCCUUCAACCCGAUUUCGACCCAAUCCCCUAUCCCGUCGAUUUCAACCCAAUCCCCUCCCCUGUUGCAUUUCCCGACCUCCUACCCUUACCCUCACCCUGAUUUCGACCCCCUCCCUUCCUUCGUCCCAUUCCGGCCCCCCUUCCUUUCCAAAGCAUCAAAUUCGGCAUCACCAUUGUUACGGGAAUUGUUUCGGCUUCACCAUCAGUUUAAAGACGAUGGCCGAGGGUAGGUAGAAGAGCGGAAACCGGCCCGGAUUUGGGAGUGGCGAAGGGUUUGGUCUGGGCUGAUGGUGGCGGCGUAGAGGUGGCUGGGGAUGGUGGUGGUUGUUAAAAUUUUUAAUCAUUUAUUAAAAGAAUUAAUUAAUGUUAAUUACUCCAAUAAUCAUCUUUAAAAAAAUUAAAAUUAAAAGUUAUGUUUUGACCAAUCACGCAGUGACACAUGUAAAUUAAACUUAAUUAAAAAAAAACUUACUCAACCGGUUGCAAGCCACUUGGGACCAAUUUAAGCGGACUGAGGGUAAAGGUGGGAUUAUUUAAAAAUAAUCCAAAGGUGGGAUUAUUUAUAGUGGACGGCGCAAAGGUGAGAUUAUUCCGGGCAAUUUUUCCUUGAUAAUUUGAUAUAGGACAUUUUGUAGCUUUUAAUAAUACAUUAUUAUGUAAAAUUUAUAUAGGAAUCAUA